AUGGCCCUACCUUCUCAGGCACACAGCGCCACAGCAGCCCUGCUCACCCAGGUGCAGCGCCUCGCAGGACACCGCCACGGCUCCAUCUUCUCCUGCACCACCUUUCUGCCUCGCCAAGGGCAGGGUCUCUCCCUCACGGUGAACACCCUAGCGUGGCCUGCGGCAGCCUCCCCUAACGCGGCUGCUGACUGUGCCCGCGGAGCCCGCCCUCCGCUCACCCGCACUCUCCCCCUUCUCUUCGAACAGGGGAAGCUGUUGGAGAAGACUUGGCUGUGCAGCGAGAUCGCCUUCACCCGCUACGCGGUCUCCGGGAGGAAGCCGGGGCCGGACCCACAGCUGUGGAUGUCGGACGCUCGGCUGGGCCGGGUGCCGGUGAUAUACCGGCCCCGCACGCCUCCUGCCGUCACCUUCCACGGCGGCGGCUGGCUGUACCGCAGCAUCGAUUCCCAUGAAAACAUCUGCAGUUACACUGCCAGGGAACGUAACUCGGUGGUUGUACUAAUUGGGUACCGUUUAGCCCCUGAACACAAAUACCCUGCUGCGUAUGAAGACUGUCUUAAUGCCACCAUACACUUCAUGAAGAAUGCAGAGCACUAUGGAGUGGAUCCUGCCAAUGUAACUGUCUGUGGGGACAGUGCCGGGGGCAAUCUGGCAGCUGCUGUUAGCCAGACCCUUGCAGGUAGAUCAGACCUCCCCAGCCUGCGUGCUCAGGUCUUGAUCUACCCAGGCCUGCAGGCCCUGGACUUCAAUUUACCAUCCUAUCACCAGAAUCGGGGAGUCCCUCUCUUAUUCCAAGAACGUGCCGCUCUCUUUGCUUUGCAGUACCUCAAUGGGCAUGCACUGCAUAUGCAAGAAGCCUUGGAGGGCUCUCAUAUUCCUCCAGAUAUGAGGCUGAAGUAUAGAAAAUGGGUAAGUCCAGAUCACAUCCCCGAAAAAUUUAAGGGCAGAGGUGUGAAGCCAUGUAAAUCCACUGAUUUUAUUGCUGAAGUGAAGAGAUUCUGUGAGCCCAACCUGUGCCCGCUGCUGGCCGAAGAUGCUGUGGUUCAGCAGCUGCCUCAGUCUUUCAUCCUGACUUGUGAGUAUGAUGUGCUGAGGGACGACGGCUUGCUUUACAAGAAGAGACCGGAGGACAGUGGUGUUCCAGUGACCUGGUACCACCUCGAGGAAGAAUUCCAUGGAAUCAUAAGCCUCUAUGGUUACUGUGGUUUGUCAUUCCCAUCUGGAAAAAUGGGAUUGGACAGAAUUGUUAAAUUCAUAAAAGGCCUGUGAAAACAACUUUACUUCUUUGUAGAGAUUUCCCACUGUUUAGGCUCCCAAACCUCAGGUAGCACUUGUCAGCAAAAAUGCGAUGUGUAAGAAUACCUAUUUUCAUAUUCAUGAACUUCAGAUCUGGUCUUUGUCCUCAUGAGACUCUUGUCAGUUCAGUGUCUACAGCUUUAGUAUUUUCCACAUACUGUGUUUCAAUCCCUUUUCUUUAAAGUCAGUAUCUAUCUGAUUGAUUCCUUGUAUUUCAUUACCAAAUUAUGUAAUUCUAUAUGAAUAAUGUCUUUGGAAUGACUUGGAUUAAAUAACUCCUGUGAAUUGCA